GACAGAAACAGGGGCGGACUGACCAUUUGGAAACUUGGGCAUUGCCUGAGGGCCCGGGGUCAGUAGGGGGCCCCAUGAGAUGCCCCUGGUACCUUUUUCAUAGGCUUUUUUUUGAGUUUGGGCAAGGACACAGGGGCCCCAUGAUCCCCUAUUGCCCGGGGGCCCCAUGAGUUGUCAGUCCACCCCUGGACAGAAAGUAUAUAAAACAGAGAACUACGGGAACCAGCAUUUUCAGAACAAGGGGGGUGUGAUCAUACUCCAGGUAUCUGGGGGAAAUCAGGGUGGGAGGGUAUUUCUAAGGGAUGUGAUCAGGGUAUCUGGGAUGUGAUCAGGAGGG